GACGGCAUGGCGGGCAUGUGGGACCCGCAGGAGUUUGAGCGCCACUGGCAGGCCGAGUUCCCCGGGGAGGAGGCGCCGCUCAUGAGGCUGGAGACCGUGCCGGACAUGGAGCGCGAGCUCGAGCGUUGCAAACUGAACCUGAAGCGGCUGCAACAGGUGUUGGCUGAGGAGAAGUUCAAAGUCUGGUACCUGCAGGCGGCUCUGGCUGGGGAGAAACUGGAUCUCCCCGGCGGCCGGCGGGAGGGCGGGGACGGCGGCGGCGGGGGAACCACUGCGGAGGAGCCGGAGCUAGCCGGGCCCGAGUGCGCGUCACCACCGCGGGAGGAGGAGGGCGCGGCGGACGGUGCUGGAGACCCCGCGGGCCCCGCACGGCCCGACCCUGAGGUGGCGGCGCAGGCCCUGCCGCCAUCCCCCUACGAGUGCCUGGACCUUCCCGCCUGGCCCCGGACAUUGGAGGGAGGAGGGGGCGCUGUGCGCAGCUUAACCGCCGCCAUCCACCAGCAACUGGUGCAGCCUCGCCUGCUUUUCGGGCCCGGAGAGAACUGCGCGCCCCCAGGCCACGGCGGCACUGUGCCUCCAGCACCGGGAGAGGAGAGGGUGUCGGGGACUCGGGCGGGGCGGGGCUUGGAGGAGGGCGAACCGGACGCCUCCGCUGGGGACGAUGGGGGCGACAGCAGUGACCACGACUUUGAGAUGGUGGAUUUGAAUGAGAAAUUCGUCCUGGGUCACCUACUCAUGGCCCCCUGCCGCUUUGGGGCCCGUGAGGAGGCUGAGAAGCCGGCGCGGGCGUGCAGCCCCCACCGCUGGAUGCACCUGAUCCCUGGGGGCUGGCGGCACCAUCGCCGGAGUCGAGACCUGGAGCACCUGGAGGAGGAGGCCAAGGACGGGCGCGCCCCACAGCAGACGGAUGAUGAACCCCCGAGGCGCGGGGCGAGGGAGCACCUCGCCCAGUGGGGGCGCAAGAGGUUCUUGCGGGUACCCGAGCGGGACUCGCCCAGUCCCUGCUCACCAGAUAGAGGCAGCGACUGCAGCCGCAACAGCUCGGACCACGAAGACGGCUUCUCGGCAGAUUUCAGCUACGGUGCUGAAGACUACGACGCAGAGGGGCAUGAGGAGCAGAAGGGGCCCCCCGAGGGCUCGGAGACCAUGCCAUACAUCGAUGAAUCACCCACCAUGUCACCCCAGCUCAGCGCCCGCAGCCAGAGUGGUGGGGACAGCAUCUCACCCACCCCACCUGAGGGACUGGCACCUGGGGUGGAGGCAGGGAAAGGCCUGGAGAUGAGGAAGCUGGUUCUCUCAGGCUUCCUGGCCAGUGAAGAGAUCUACAUUAACCAACUAGAAGCCCUGUUGUUGCCCAUGAAACCCCUGAAGGCCACAGCUACCACCUCCCAGCCUGUGCUCACCAUCCAGCAGAUCGAGACCAUCUUCUACAAAAUCCAGGAUAUCUACGAGAUCCACAAGGAGUUCUAUGACAACCUCUGCCCUAAAGUGCAGCAGUGGGAUAGCCAGGUCACCAUGGGCCACCUCUUCCAGAAGCUGGCCAGCCAGCUUGGUGUGUACAAAGCAUUUGUGGAUAACUAUAAAGUCGCUCUGGAGACAGCUGAGAAGUGCAGCCAGUCCAACAACCAGUUCCAGAAGAUCUCAGAGGAACUCAAAGUGAAAGGGCCCAAGGACUCCAAGGACAGCCACACAUCAGUCACCAUGGAAGCUCUGCUCUACAAGCCCAUUGACCGAGUCACUCGGAGCACCCUGGUCCUACACGACCUGCUGAAACACACACCUGUGGACCACCCAGACUACCCACUGCUGCAGGAUGCCCUUCGCAUCUCCCAGAACUUCUUGUCCAGCAUCAAUGAGGACAUCGACCCCCGGCGGACUGCAGUCACAACCCCCAAGGGAGAGACUCGGCAGCUGGUGAAGGAUGGCUUCCUGGUGGAAAUGUCCGAGAGCUCCCGGAAGCUGAGGCAUGUCUUCCUCUUCACAGAUGUCCUACUGUGUGCCAAGCUGAAGAAGACCUCUGCAGGAAAGCACCAGCAAUAUGACUGUAAGUGGUACAUCCCCCUGGCCGACUUAGUGUUUCCAUCCCCCGAGGAGUCAGAGGCCAGCCCCCAGGUGCACCCUUUCCCAGACCAUGAGCUGGAGGAUAUGAAAAUGAAGAUCUCUGCCCUCAAAAGUGAGAUCCAGAAAGAGAAAGCCAACAAGGGACAGAGCCGUGCCAUCGAGCGCCUCAAAAAGAAGAUGUUUGAGAAUGAGUUCUUGCUGCUGCUCAAUUCCCCCACAAUCCCGUUUCGGAUACACAAUCGGAAUGGAAAGAGCUAUCUGUUCCUAUUGUCCUCUGACUACGAGAGGUCGGAGUGGAGAGAAGCGAUUCAGAAACUACAGAAGAAGGAUCUCCAGGCCUUUGUCCUGAGCUCAGUGGAGCUCCAGGUGCUCACGGGAUCCUGUUUCAAGCUUAGGACUGUUCACAACAUUCCUGUCACCAGCAAUAAAGAUGAUGAUGAGUCUCCAGGACUCUACGGCUUCCUUCAUGUCAUCGUUCACUCUGCCAAGGGGUUUAAACAAUCAGCCAACCUGUACUGUACUCUGGAGGUGGAUUCCUUUGGCUAUUUUGUCAGCAAAGCCAAAACCAGGGUGUUUCGAGACACGACAGAGCCUAAGUGGGAUGAGGAAUUUGAGAUUGAGCUGGAAGGCUCCCAGUCCCUAAGGAUCCUGUGCUAUGAGAAGUGCUACGACAAAACCAAGGUCAACAAGGACAACAAUGAGAUCGUGGAUAAGAUCAUGGGCAAAGGGCAGAUCCAGUUGGAUCCACAAACUGUAGAAACCAAGAACUGGCACACGGAUGUGAUCGAGAUGAAUGGGAUCAAAGUGGAAUUCUCCAUGAAAUUCACAAGCCGUGACAUGAGCCUGAAGAGGACCCCAUCCAAAAAGCAGACCGGUGUCUUUGGGGUGAAGAUCAGCGUAGUGACCAAGCGGGAGCGCUCCAAGGUGCCCUACAUCGUGCGGCAAUGUGUGGAAGAAGUGGAGAAGAGGGGCAUUGAGGAAGUGGGCAUCUACCGGAUAUCAGGGGUUGCCACAGACAUCCAGGCGCUGAAGGCUGUCUUCGAUGCCAAUAACAAGGACAUCCUGCUGAUGCUGAGCGACAUGGACAUCAAUGCCAUCGCUGGAACCCUCAAGCUCUACUUCCGAGAACUGCCAGAGCCCCUCCUCACAGACCGACUUUACCCAGCCUUCAUGGAGGGCAUUGCCCUGUCAGAUCCUGCUGCCAAGGAGAACUGCAUGAUGCACCUGCUCCGCUCCCUGCCUGAUCCCAACCUUAUCACCUUCCUUUUCUUGCUGGAACACUUGAAAAGGGUUGCUGAGAAGGAGCCCAUCAACAAGAUGUCACUUCACAACUUGGCCACCGUGUUUGGCCCCACAUUACUGAGACCCUCAGAAGUGGAGAGCAAAGCACAUCUCACGUCAGCUGCAGACAUCUGGUCCCAUGAUGUCAUGGCCCAGGUCCAGGUCCUACUCUACUACCUGCAGCACCCCCCCAUUUCCUUCGCAGAACUGAAGCGGAACACACUGUACUUCUCCACAGACGUGUAGCCUGAGGUGGGCAGCUGUUGGGGUGGCCAGAGCUAGCCCUCCAGCUGAGACCCUAUAUAGACUUGAAAGACUGCAACAGAAACUCCCCAGCCCAGCACUCCAGACUCCAAGGGAAGCCACCUUCCAAGAACUGGAACAUGUGCAUCUUUUGUGCCACCUUGUACAAAGCCAGCUGACCAGCCCCCAACCUCACCGCCACGCCCCGGCUCCUGCCCUCUGUACCUCUACUUGUGUCUGAUACUCUGUGCUGUUCGGGAAAUGUUUUAUGUAUAUUUGUCAUGCAGAAAAGGUAGUGACCGAGCUGGCGUGGGCACAAGACAGCCUGCUUUGUCCUUUCAUUUCUCCCAACACUUUCUUUCUACCCGAGUCCAGUCCAAGGGUUUUUAUUUUGUGCUGUGUAACUUCUGCCAGCUUCUUCUCUCCUGGCCCUGCUCCCAGAUUGCAGUCUCCUGGCAGUCUCCGCACAGUGUCCUCUGCCCUCUCAGCCUGCCGCAUGCAUGUGCAGCAUGGGGUUUUGCUCCAUCACUGAAAGUUCCUCAGAGGCCCUGGGCAGCUGUAGCCUGUCUGAUCUGCAUUGCUGCCCUUGGCCUCUCCUCACCCUCCACCUGGAAGCAUUCCUGCUUUUCCUUGCUGCCUGUGCAAAUGUCAGACAAGGAGACAGAUACACACUAAUCUUCAGCUUAGCACAGAGCUGGAGAGCUGAUUUCUGGAAUUUUCCAUUUGAGAAUUGCCAUUUCUGGGGUUCAUCUGUUCUCUCUCCUGUCUACCAGUGAGGCAUCUUUGACUGUUUUCUUCUGCUGCUGAAUUUUCAGUGUCCCCCCCCCCCCGUGUUCUAUUUCCUUUGAGUGUAAAGACCCACAAGUGUCCUGCUAUCAAGAGAGCCAGAGGGUCAGGAAUGGACCUGGGGAAGUGGGACAGCCCAGGCUGUGGAGGAACAAGAUGGGUGGAGGAGCCAGCAGUGCCAGGCAGCACUAGUGUGAGCCAUGGGAAGCCAGUCUUGGCAGCAAGAACUUGCAGAAGCAAUCCUAGUGGAGCUUAGCUUACUGGAGGGCAACUUCUGUGGCUGAGCCAGGUGUCCAGGUGUAAGCAGACUCUGUCCUGGAGGCUUUCCUGGCACCUCACAUACCUCGUGGUACUUUUGCCUUAGAUUUUACACACACUCAACAGCCAAGCACUGCCACGGGGCAGCCCUACUGCCACGUGUGCUCCAAAGCCUGGAACAGCAGGCACAGUCCAGCAUUUGCCAGUCAGAAUGGUGCUGCCCUGCACUAUCCCAGCUUCUAGAUUCACCCUUGUGGGUAUACUUGAGGACACCAGAAGUUGUGGGAGGAUAGGGAAUCACAAGCACCUGUCUCAGAUUGGGCUCUGCUGGGGCUCUGAGGUAUGGGAUCAGUGGUUGUCAUUCCAAGCUUUGUGACCUAUUGCUCAGUACUGGAAAGGAGAUUCCCAAAGCACCAUUUCCAGUCUGAGCAGCAGCUGCCAGCCCGUGGCAGUUAGCAUGGGAGGACAGAUGCUCCUGGCCACCGGGGCUUGAGUACAGCACAGCUGCCUGGCAGAAGUGAUUCUUGGCCCUCAGGAUUGGGGAGACCAGCUCUCAUUGUAUGUGCUCAGGGCUAAGUCUAAAGAAGGGUUUGCUGGCCCCCAAGCUGCUGUUUGUUCAGUGAGAGGAAGGGCCUUCUGGUCCUGUUUAUACCUGUUGCCUGUGGCAUAACGGUACAGUCUGUGCAUGCAGGAAGGAAAUGCUGACUUCCCAGCUGCCUAUUAGCAGUUUAGCAAAGAGCCUUGCUCUCUGAAACAGGUAAAGGAGAACAAGUGCCUCAUGGUAUAAUGAUCACAACAUCUGACCACUGUUGAAAUCUCUACUUGGCACUCAGGUGUAGAUGUGUGGCAUAGACGAUUCUUGCUUUCAAAGGAUUUAACAGUAACAAAUUAUCAAGACCCAACUGGAGCUGGUUUCAGAUCAAAACAGUGCCUCCUGCCUCAAAGAGGAAUGUUGGCUUCUCAGCAUUAGGUAGCUGCUGCAGCUCCCAGCUUGCUUAGGCAAUAUAACAUCGAGGAGGCUGGAGGAAUUGCUGAAGGCUCCUGUUUUUUAUAAACUCCACCCCAAGUGGGGAGGGUCAGUUGCCAGAUCUGGACUGAGGUGCACCAAGGAACAGCCAGUGGGUUCUCCUGACAGGGACUGUGCAGUCCCAAACCCCAUCACUGUGCCCAGCAAGGCAACCUGUGCCAAUAGGUCACUUAGGAGGCAGGCCCCAGGAAUCCCAGGCAUGCUUCUUGCUGGGCAGUGGCCGAGGGCUGCCAGUUUUUGCUCAUAGAGGUAGGAUGGGACCCUUCAUUAAUAUUUGACUUUAAUAAGUUGGUAAGGAUAUAUUUUUUUGUCUGUUCUGUUUAAAUUUAUGUAGAUUAUUAUAAAUUGAUGUAAACCAUGUGAGGAAAAUGUUAAUAAAAAAAGUGCAAAGCCCCAACAUUUGCACAAAACUCAA